GCAGCUAGCAGUAAUGGCUGUGUUGUGCUUGAGUGCUGGUGUGUAUUUGUUGUUUUAUACGGGUUUCCAUAUAGCAAUGUAACUAAUAUAUCGCUGCACGUACUAACAUUCCCGUUAUCACUCAGGGGAGGAAUAAAGCUGUAUUUUGCUUUAGACAAUCAUCGCGAGAAGAGGAAGCGACGCAAGAGCAGUCUGUUCUAACAAUAACAAUAUACACAAAUAUAUUCUUUCAGGGGAGGGCUGCGUUGUGAUCUAUUAUACAGGUAUUGAAUGUCAUGGUUUCCAGGAGCCAUGUCUUGUAAAUCCAAGGUAGCCCCGAGUGUUGAGUUUGACCAUAGCUGCUCUGACAGUGUUGAGUAUCUGACCCUAAACUUUGAGCCUUUUGAGACCGCCCAUCGCUGGAGGAGACUGCCACCCUGUGAUGAGUUUGUUGGGGCCAGGCGCAGUAAGCACACAGUUGUGGCAUACAAAGAUGCAAUCUAUGUAUUUGGAGGAGACAAUGGGAAGAACAUGCUGAAUGACUUGUUACGGUUUGAUGUGAAGGACUGCUCAUGGUGCAGGGCUUUUACUACUGGGUCGCCCCCUGCACCUAGAUACCACCACUCUGCCGUGGUCUAUGGAAGCAGCAUGUUUGUUUUUGGUGGCUACACUGGGGACAUCUAUUCAAACUCCAACCUGAAAAAUAAAAACGAUCUGUUUGAGUACAAGUUUGCCACUGGCCAGUGGACCGAGUGGAAGGUGGAGGGAAGGUUACCUGUGGCCAGAUCAGCACACGGAGCAACAGUGUACAGUGACAAGCUCUGGAUUUUUGCUGGAUACGAUGGCAAUGCAAGGUUAAGCGACAUGUGGACCAUCAGCCUUCAGGACCGAGAACAAGCAUGCUGGGAAGAGAUUGAACAGAGCGGCGAGAUCCCUCCGUCGUGCUGCAACUUUCCUGUGGCGGUGUGCCGGGACAAGAUGUUUGUUUUCUCUGGUCAGAGUGGAGCAAAGAUUACCAAUAAUCUCUUCCAGUUUGAAUUCAAGGAAAAAGUAUGGACUCGCAUUCCCACCGAGCACCUGCUGCGGGGCUCUCCUCCCCCGCCCCAGCGGCGCUAUGGGCACACCAUGGUGGCAUUCGAGAGGCACCUGUACGUGUUCGGGGGCGCUGCCGAUAACACCCUGCCCAACGAGCUACACUGCUACGAUGUGGACUCCCAGACCUGGGAGGUCAUCCAGCCCAGCCCGGACAGCGAGGACCCCCUUGGAAACGAGAUGACUUCAUCUCAAGGGUUCAUCCUGAUGCCCAGUGGGAGGCUCUUCCAUGCUGCAGCAGUGAUCUCUGAUGCCAUGUAUAUUUUUGGAGGGACGGUAGACAAUAAUGUGCGGAGCGGAGAGAUGUACAGAUUCCAGUUUUCCUGUUACCCGAAAUGCACCUUGCACGAAGACUAUGGCAAGCUAUGGGAGAACAGACAAUUCUGUGAUCUGGAGUUUAUUCUAGGCGAGAAGGAGGAGCGAGUGAAGGGCCACAUCGCGAUCGUGACGGCCCGAAGCCUCUGGCUGAGGAAGAAGAUCACACAGGCGCGAGAGAGGCUGCGGCAGAAGGUGAAGCAGGAGAGCGUGGUGGAGGAGGAGGUGGCGGCUGGGGCCCAGAAGGAGGUGUCCGGCGGCAGUGUGAAGCACUCCAGCACACAGCCACUGCUGGAGGUCACCAUCCGGGACGCUGAGGCACAGCCCUUCAAGGUCCUCAUGCAGUUCCUCUACACUGACAAAAUCAAAUACCCACGCAAAGGUCACGUGCAGGAAGUUCUGUUGAUCAUGGACGUGUAUAAACUGGCCCUGAGCUUCCAGCUGGCCCGCCUGGAGCAGCUGUGUGUGCAGUACAUCGAGGCCUCUGUGGACCUUCAGAACGUUCUCAUCGUGUGUGAAAACGCUAACAAGUUACAGCUGGACCAGCUCAAGGAGCAUUGCUUGAACUUCGUUGUAAAGGAGUCUCACUUUAACCAGGUGAUAAUGACCAAAGAGUUUGAGCAUCUCUCUACCCCUCUGAUAGUGGAGAUCGUCCGGAGAAAACAGCAGCCUCCUCCCAGGCUGUAUUCCGAGCAGCCUGUCGAUAUAGGUACUUCACUGGUUCAGGACAUGAAGGCGUAUCUGGAAGGAGCAGGGUUGGAAUUCUGUGACAUCACUCUGCUUUUAGAUGGCCACCCAAGGCCUGCCCAUAAAGCAAUCUUGGCUGCCCGCUCUAGUUAUUUCGAAGCAAUGUUCCGCUCCUUUAUGCCGGAAGACGGGCAGGUGAACAUUUCUAUCGGUGAGAUGGUGCCAAGCAAACAGGCGUUUGAGUCCAUGCUGCGGUAUAUUUAUUAUGGAGAUGUUAACAUGCCUCCUGAAGAUUCACUGUAUCUUUUUGCUGCUCCAUAUUACUAUGGUUUCUCAAAUAACCGCCUCCAGGCGUACUGCAAGCAGAAUUUGGAGAUGAAUGUUACUGUAGAAAAUGUGCUACAGAUCCUCGAAGCUGCAGAUAAGACGCAGGCUCUGGAUAUGAAGAAGCACUGCCUUCACAUCAUUGUGCAUCAGUUCAUCAAGGUUUCCAAGCUACCCAACCUGCGAUCCCUCAGCCAGCUGCUUCUUCUGGACAUCAUUGAGUCCUUAGCCAGUCACAUAUCCGAUAAGCAGUGUGCUGAAAUGGGCUCAGACAUAUAGCAGCGCUUUGCUGUGUGGUUAGUCUCCUCCAGCAAGGAAGUGCUUUACUCAGACUCUCUCCUUCUCACCAUGACUGAUGGCUGUCGCUUGUAUUUAUUUAUGUGCUGUAUGGAUUGAUUCUCAAGCAUGAAACUUUUCAUUUUUAAACUGCAUUGCCUCUCGGUGUACGCAAAAGCAGCAUGCACAGCCUCUUAAUUUAUAGACUUAGUUUUGUUAUUAUUUGUACAUAAGGCAAACAUAAAGAACCAAACAUAAAGAAAACUGAAUAUAUGUUGGUGUAAAACCGUGGAAUGGUCCAAAAGGACAAGUGUCAUAUUUCUUCUUCUUCUUCUUCUUCUUCUUCUUCUUCUUCUUCUUCUUCUUCUUCUUAGUAGUCGUAGUAGUAGUGUUAUAAUUAUCACUUUUGUUUGUUUCAUGACUCUGUGUGCAUCGCCCCUGCAAGGUUUCUCAGAUGAGCUCCACUGAGCUCAGUUUAAAUCCAUACUGCAGACAUUCUCCAGGCAGCCCUGCAGUCUCUGGUGAUGUCAUUGCUGUGUGAUUGUGUUAUGUAAUCUAAAGCCCGCUUUUCCAGGGAGUGUGAUCUUGUGCAUUUGUUUAGAUGUCUGUUCCAUGCAUGGUACCCACGCUUCCUGUCUCUCUUGUACUUGUCGAUGGGACAAGAUCCUUAUUAUCGAACGGAACUCGGAAGAUGUCUGCUUGGGGUUGAAGGUGAGGUUGGCAACUAGGGCCACGUUUGUUUGAGUCCAUUCUCAAGUGUAGCGCUUGAGUCAUUAUCAUUAAGUGGGCGUGCAAGAUUUAUCCAAAAGCAGAUUCCUCUGUAGCAUGAAGGGUCAGGGUUUGUCUUGUGUUAUUACAAAACAAAGUGGAACUUAAAUGAACUUGUCGCUAAAGGGGCAGACUGCUGAGGACAAGUGGCUGCUAAUUGGCUUGUAUUACAGGCUGCUAAAAGCAGUUGAUCACUUAGUUCAGUUGACUGUAAAGCCUGACUUUGUUAUAUAGAGAUAUGUAAAAUAUCAUUAAAGAUGCCCCAUUUGCAUUUCUUUAUAA